UGCGGAGAGGGAGAGGGAGAGGGAGAGGGAGAGCAAUGUCAUCCAGUCCAGAAAAAACGUACUUGGAAGUGUUGGGUCUUUGCUGUGCCUCUGAAGUUCCAUUGGUCGAGAAGAUCUUGAGGGCACUUGAAGGAGUCAACGACAUAUCAGUCAUCAUCCCGACAAAAACAGUCAUCGUCCUCCAUGACCCUCUAAUCGUUUCUCAGUCCAAACUCGUUGAGGCUCUAAAUAGGGUGAGGUUGGAAGCUAGCAUUAGACAUCAGGGCAAUAUUGAUUCAGCUACGAAAUGGCCAUCGCCGGCACUGAUCGUUUGCGGGUUGUUGUUUGGUUUGUCAUUUCUUAAGUAUGUAUAUCAGCCACUGAAAUGGUUGGCUCUGGCUGCUGUUGUCAUCGGCCUUCCGCCGAUUGCGUUGAGGAGCUUGGCGUCCAUCAAGAAUCUCACUCUGAAUAUCAAUGUUCUCGUUCUGAUUUCAGUGGUAGGAACACUUGCCUUGCAAGAUUACUGGGAAGCUGCUUCCAUAGUCUUCCUGUUUUCCAUUGCUCAGUGGCUCGAGUUGAGGGCUAGUCACAAGGCUAUGGCAACCAUGUCAUCAUUGGCAAGCAUGACUCCAGGAAAAGCUGUCAUAGCCGAGACUGGAGAGUCUGUUGAUGUUAACGAUGUGCAAAUGAGCACAGUACUUUCAGUAAAGGCUGGUGAAGCCAUACCGAUUGAUGGAAUUGUUGUGGAUGGGAAAUGUGAUGCAGAUGAAAAAAUGUUAACAGGGGAAUCAUAUCCUGUUGCCAAGGAUAUCGGUUCAAAUGUUUGGGCCGGCUCUAUCAACUUAAAUGGCUACAUUAGCAUGAGAACCACGGCUUUGGCUAAAGACUGUGUGGUGGCCCGAAUGGCUAAGCUGGUCGAGGAUGCUCAGAAGAAGAAGUCUCAUACACAAGGCCUCAUAGAUAAUUGUGCAAAAUACUAUAUUCCAGGAGUUGCUUUGGUGUCGGCUUGUAUUGCUGCGGUUCCUGCUGCACUGAAACUUCAGAAUGAAGACUACUGGUUUCACUUGGCAAUAGUUGUUCUGGUCGGCUCGUGUCCUUGUGCACUCAUCCUCUCCACGCCGAUCACAUUCUUCUGUGCACUUUCAAGGGCUGCAAAAGACGGGCUCUUAUUUAAAGGAGGUAGUUAUCUGGAAAUUCUGGCAAAGGUUAAAACCGUGGCUUUUGACAAAACCGGGACAGUGACAAGGGGAGAGUUUGUGGUGACCAACUUCCAAUCAAUUUGCAAUGACAUCGACCUUAACACUUUGCUCUACUGGGUAUCGAGCAUUGAGAGUAAAUCAAGCCAUCCAAUGUCAGCUGCAAUAAUUUACUAUGCCCAUUCUCUCUCUAUUGAGCCAAAGCCUGAAGAUGUGGAGGAUUUUCAAAAUUUUCCUGGAGAAGGAAUUUAUGGUCGAAUCAAUGGCCAGGGCAUUUAUAUUGGGAACUGGAGAAUCGGUCUAAGGGCUGGCCACAAUACAGCGAGCGGCAAUGAAACAGACACAAAUGGGUUUAUAUACACUGGAAAAAGCCCGGUGGGAAAGUUCAGUCUCUCGGAUGCUUGCAGAACAGGCUCAAUGGAGGCCAUUGAGGAUAUUAAAUCACUAGGCAUCAAAACCGCCAUGCUCACAGGGGAUAGCCAAGCUGCAGCCAGGUCUGCACAGUAUCAGCUCGACCAUGCCCUAGACCUUGUUUAUGCAGAACUCUUGCCGGAAAACAAGGCAAGAAUCAUAGAAGACUUCAAGAAAGACGGACCAACUGCAAUGAUUGGCGAUGGAGUAAAUGAUGCUCCUGCAUUAGCCGCAGCUAAUGUAGGCAUCUCAAUGGGGAUUUCUGGUUCAGCCCUUGCAAUGGAGACAGGCCAUGUGAUUCUCAUGUCAAACGACAUUCGAAAGAUCCCAGAAGCUAUUAAACUCGCCAGGAGGACCUUCCGGAAGCUCGUCGAGAACGUCCUUAUUUCAAUAUCUCUAAAGGGCGCGAUCCUCGGGUUAGCCUUUGCUGGGUACCCAUUGGUUUGGGCUGCAGUUCUUACAGACGUGGGCACGUGUUUGAUCGUGAUUCUCAACAGCAUGCAACUUCUAAACGUAACCUCAAACCAAGGAAAGAAGUUCUCAAGAUCCAAGUAUGGUACCUUCUCGCCAAACACGUGCAAGAAGGAUGAAGUUGGUUGCGCCAUCCAGAGGAGGAACAAUGAUAAUAAACAAUGCAGCAGCUGCUGCUCUGUCACAGCAGAUCAAGACUCGACUUCGUCAUUGAAUGCAUUGCGUGAUGCUUGUUCUGAACCGAAAUUUAGCUCGUGGAAAGAAGAUCUUUUAAUUAACCUUGAAGGGUUUACUUGCAAGCCAACUACACAGUCUGCAGGAAACCUGUCGUCGUUUGGAGAAAUUGAGUCUAUUACAGACCAACCAAAAAACUUCCCCAGCUCAAGUGACAACUGCCCAUCAGUUAGUUUUUUUAAAUCAGUUAGUGAAUGCAAUUCAUCCUGCUGUUUACCGGUCAAAUACAUAGAGAGAAGGUCACAAUGUGCUUCUGGCUGUUGUCCUCCGAGUCCAGAAGUUCACAGGGACGAAAUGAAGCUGAAUCUAGGAAGUGACGCAUCAUGUUUGUUCAGCAAUGCACUAGAUGCUGGUAAUGCUGAAUCUGUAGCUCAAAGUGUACUCGGUAAUUUCAAGGAAGGACAGAUCAUCGAGCACCCGGAGCAAGUCAGAAUGAAAUCAUGUGUUGAGGCUGAAGCAAUCGAAAUCACUCUGGGGAAGAGUAGCACUGGCGGGUGCUGCAAGCAGUCAGGCAAGAAAUGCUCCUGCAGACUCGAGCAAUAUGAUGCAGGCAGUGGAAGCAGCAUGCCGAGAAUAGUAAUAGAAUAGACCCUUUUAAAUUUGUCAGUCAAUAGUAAGAUUCUUUUGGAUCCUAACAUCAGUUUGGUUUGGUGAAGCUAGCUUUGUAAACUAGCCCUCUUUCUUCUGCCUCUUAUUUGAAGCUUAACCAUCUGCACUAUGGACAUCUAGUAUCC